AUGUCAUCUGCUGCUCUGUCGCUUGCAUCUCCGAAUCCAGCUUCAAGGAAGGUCCUCUUCCUCCCGAGAUUUGUGUACCUCGUCAUCGUCAAUGGAAAUGGUGGAUGCGUGAUCCAAAACCCAAAAUUGUGUAGGGUCCAGUCGAAGCCCGAAAGCAGCAGUGAGAUUUACAUCUACGCAGUCUUCUCCGGCGCCUUCGGUGUCGUCUUCUCCCUUACCAUCGCCAAAGAGAAUCAACGGUCUGAGGAGUCGAAAACCAGGAGCACACCGACGAAUAUCGACUAUAGAUGGAUCAAUGGCGGGAUCACUCGACCCUCGUUAAGGAGGCGAUUAGGCAGUGAAAGUGAUCUCCAUGAAUCAGAGCAAGGUUCUUCUGAAGGAGAUCCGAAUUUAUUUCGCGAGCAGUCUACUAGGGAAGCGGAGAUUAUGGUGGUUGUACAUGAGGUGCUGAAAACAGAUUCUAUGGCUGGUGUGGCCUUGAAAUAUGGCAUUGCACUUCCGGAUCUACGAAAGGCGAAUCAUCUUUGGGCUUCGGAUCCGAUUCAUCUUCGUAAAGUGCUUUACAUCCCUCUUCAUUUAUCGAGCAAGAAACACUUGUACUAUAGUGCAGAUGAACAUAGAAAAGACGAAAGAGAUGAAACAGAUAAUGGCGAAGUUCCUGUAGAUGCUUCAAGUUCUUCAAAUAGCUCUUCCGUUGUCAUACAAAGGAUACCUGCCUCCCAGUUGGCUUUCUUCCCACCUCCAUCUCACCCAUCUCCAUCGCUUCAAUCCGAGCAAAUGUCAUAUUCGCCUGUACGGACUCCCCCACGAAUACGCACUGAAUCACCCAAUUCAGGAGCACUUUCAUCCUUACUACAUUCCCUUCCCCUCCCGUCACGCGACCUAUUUUUCCCUCGCCUCUCAACGGACUCAAGUGAAACCUCGUCCACGACAAACGCAAGCGAAAGCUCCAGUGACAUAGACCAAGAGCACGAGAUGUCCGUUCUCGGAACUACGGCUUCUUCACCACGAAGACGAAAGCGGACGAUAUCAGGCCCGCGUUUAAGACAGAAUUCACAUCGAACCUCUUCUACGUCAAUUGAGACAUUACGAAAGGGCGUCAAAGGCGGGGCGUAUGAUAUUAAUUUGGAACCGAUGGUGCCGUUGCAGACCGAGCAGCUUAAACCGUCACCUCAAAUGGAACUUCCGAGGACAUUGCGGCAAGCUGCUGUGGAUUAAGCAGACAACGAUCUGUCUGAAUUGUGUCGUCUAGAUCCCAUCGCGUGUCUACUCGGAACUGUACGUCUGUCACGGUAGAUGGUUGUGAUAUCGUUACAAUCAUUGAUGCCGUCCAAGCCUGCUUUCCAUCAUAAGAAUCUCACGCGUCGACCUCGACACGAAUUGGAGUGGUGCGCUUGAUACGCCUGAUAGCUAUGAUUUCAAUGUAUUGCUCACUUGCGUCUUAUUUUUGUACCCGAAUCGGGGUAUUUCUGUUGGAACUUUGGAACUUUGAAUUUGUUAAUUUGUGUGUAUGUUUUAUCAGUGUUGACCCUUUGUUAGAGGGAUGUGCUUUGCACUUCUGUUCCAUUGUUAUAUAUUAGCAUUAGCAAUAUUUCUUAUCAUGUGUUACUUGGAAGUGUAGGGAUACAUGUAUUUCU